CGCAACCCAGACGCUUCUCCCCUCUAUUAUAGAUCGGCGUCCGGUGUCAACCACCCGAAGGCGGACACGUGAGGGGAAACCAAGUCGGGCGGUCGGAGAGGGCGGGUUGCAAGAGCUCGUAUUACAGCCGAGGGGAGGAAAGGCUUCUUUCCCGCGAAGCCAGGGGCUUGGGGCGGAGCAGGUGGGCCCGUCGUGACAGGAACCCGGGAAGCGAGAGGAGCCGCAGCCCCGCAGCCCGGCCGGGAGAGGCUUCUUUCAGGCCCGAGAGGAGCUCGGCCGCGCCCCGGACCCGCCUGGCCAUGGACCCCGAGCGCGGUGACUGACUAAAAGGGAAGCCUUUGUGUCUUCUCCCACCAUUCUGACGCGAAGGGGCUGCCUGGAAUGGAGCUUGCAAAUAUUCAGGAUGCUGUUACUCAGCUGAAUGUCCAUGGCCCAACAUUGGCUUUCCAGAACAUUAGUUACUUGGUCACCACAUGCUGGACUUUACCUUUCAAAGGAAAAGAAGAAAAGGAAGUUCUCAGGGAUGUCAGUGGUAUUAUGAAGCCUGGGAUGAAUGCCAUCUUGGGGCCAACCGGAAGUGGGAAAACUUCGCUCCUCGAUGUCCUAGCAGGAUGGAAAGACCCCAAAGGGCUUACAGGGGGACAGAUAUUUAUGGAUGGAAAGUUGGUAGACUCCAAUUUUCAUCAGUGUUCUGCCUAUGUGGUCCAGGAGGACAUUCUGACAGGAACCCUCAGCAUCCGGGAGAACCUCCAGUUCUCCGCCAACCUGCGGCUGCCUCAGAACAGGAACAGCAACACAGAGAAGAAGAUCAAGGUUGAUGCUGUGAUACAGGAGCUGGGCCUACAGGACUGUGCAGACACCAAGAUUGGGACUGAAUUCCUGCGUGGCGUUUCAGGGGGUGAGAAGAAACGGUGCAGCAUUGGCAUGGAAUUGAUCACUUCGCCUUCCUUGAUCUUUCUGGAUGAGCCAACCACAGGGCUGGAUGCCAACACAGCUAACGCCAUCAUGCAGCUGUUGCACCAACUUUCCAGGAAAGGGAGGACGGUGAUCUUCUCAAUUCAUCAGCCGCGCUACUCCAUCUUCAGGCUCUUUGACCAUCUGACCUUGAUGAGCAAGGGAGAAAUAAUAUUUGCAGGAGCAGCAGAUGAAGCCACAACUUAUUUCAAUAGCAUUGGCUACCAGUGUGAGCAGUUUAACAAUCCCUUGGACUUCUUUCUGGAUGUAAUCAGUGGGGAGGUGAUACAGUCCCAGCCUCAACAUGACUUGGCAGGCAACAAGAAGGAUGGCCUUUUCUCCAGCAAUUGUUCCCUUGACAAGAACGCACUUUCCAGUUAUUACCACCAGUCCUCCUACUAUGAGCAGCUGCAAGAAGAUCUGAAAAAACUACAGUCAUUCCAGAACCAAGGCUGCGAUGCUACCACAUCAAAAGCCACUUAUGCCACCUCAUUCGCCCAACAGUUGUAUGUUGUGAGUUGCCGUAAUGUGAAGCAUCUGCUGAGGAAUCCUCAGACCUCCAUUGGUCAGAUCCUUUUGGGCAUGGUCUUCUCCUUGUUGGUGGGGCUCAUUUACUACCAAAUCCCGGACACUCUGCCGGAAGCGCUACAGAACAGGCUAGGAGCUUUCUUUUUCAUGGUUCUCACUCAGAUCUUUGGGAACUUGUCAGCUGUGGAGCUCUUCAUCUACGACAGAAAGCUCUUCAUCCAUGAGAGUGCCAGAGGUUACUAUAGGACAUCUGCAUACUUUCUAGCCAAAGUGUUUGCUGAUCUCGUUCCCAAUCGAAUCCUGCCUGUCCUGCUGUUCUCUUCCAUUUCCUAUUUCAUGAUGGGUCUCAAAUAUGAUGCAGAAUCUUUCUUCCUGCACGUUUUGUCUCUUAGCCUGACUAACCUUGCAGCAGUGAGCAUGGCUUUCUUAGUGAGCGCCAGUGUCAAUGCAUUUGCCAUUGCCAACCUCUUGAUUGCCCUUCCAUACGUCUUCAUGAUGGUCUUUGGUGGGUUUCUUGUAAACCUCAAUUCCAUGUUGAGCUGGCUGUCCUGGAUCAAAUGGAUUAGUAUCUACAGAUAUGGCAUGAAUGCUCUGACCAUCAAUGAACUUAAAGGAAGAGUCUUCUACUUGAACUCUACCAGGGUCCCUGGAGAGCAUUACAUGAAGGACCAAGAAAUUGACUACAGCACGUGGGGUUUCUGGGAGAAUGAGCUGGCCCUCUUCUGCUUGACAUGCAUCUUCCUCUUUUUUGCUUACAUGCAGCUCUUGAGAGUAAACCGUUGGAAAUAGACUACGGCAUUAAUGAGCCAUUAGGAGAACAGCUACCCUGCUGGAGUCUCUCCUCUAUCUUAUGAAAUUAGGACUUGUUUUUUCUAAUUGGUGAUAGCCUGCCAAAUUAAGAUGUUUUUACAGAUGAACAAUUGGGAUUGUGAAAUAGGUGUUGUCACGCCACGCUCCUCUUGAAGAGUAAGUGAGCAGGAAUGUACCUCCUCUUUGUACAUUUUUUUAAAAUAAAAUUUUGAAAGUGCCA